AGCCGCCCGCGGCCUGGCCCGCUGCUCUCCGCUCCUGCCAGCUUCCUGCGUGUCGCCUCCUCUCGUGCAGCGCAAGCCCGCGUUCCUGAGUCACGAUGGUGAAGGUCGGAGUGAACGGAUUCGGCCGCAUCGGGCGCCUGGUCACCCGCGCCGCCUGCUGCUCCAACAAGGUGGAGGUGGUGGCCAUCAACGACCCCUUCAUCGACCUCAACUACAUGGUGUACAUGUUCCAGUACGACUCCACGCACGGCCAGUUCAAGGGCAGCGUCAAGGCCGAGAACGGCAAGCUGGUCAUCAACGGCAAGCCCAUCACCAUCUUCCAGGAGCGAGACCCCGCCAACAUCAAGUGGGGCGACGCGGGCGCUGAGUACGUGGUGGAGUCCACGGGCGUGUUCACCACCAUGGAGAAGGCCGGGGCGCACCUGAAGGGCGGCGCCAAGCGCGUCAUCAUCUCGGCGCCGUCGGCCGACGCGCCCAUGUUCGUGAUGGGCGUGAACCACGAGAAGUACGACAACUCGCUCAAGAUCGUCAGCAACGCGUCCUGCACCACCAACUGCCUGGCGCCGCUCGCCAAGGUCAUCCACGACAACUUCGGCAUCGUGGAGGGGCUCAUGACCACGGUGCACGCCAUCACCGCCACGCAGAAGACGGUGGACGGCCCGUCGGGCAAGCUGUGGCGCGACGGGCGCGGCGCCGCGCAGAACAUCAUCCCCGCGUCCACGGGCGCCGCCAAGGCCGUGGGCAAGGUCAUCCCCGAGCUCAACGGCAAGCUCACGGGCAUGGCCUUCCGCGUGCCCACGCCCAACGUGUCCGUGGUGGACCUCACCUGCCGCCUGGAGAAGGCCGCUAAGUACGAGGACAUCAAGAAGGUGGUGAGGCAGGCGGCCGAGGGGCCCCUCAAGGGCAUCCUGGGCUACACCGAGGACCAGGUGGUGUCCUGCGACUUCAACAGCGACUCGCACUCGUCCACCUUCGACGCGGGCGCCGGCAUCGCCCUCAACGACCACUUCGUGAAGCUCAUCUCCUGGUACGACAACGAGUACGGCUACAGCAACCGCGUGGUGGACCUGGUGCCGGUGCGCGGACCGCGCCCCUCGGGACCGGAGCCGGAGUGGCCGGCACUGGAGACCCGGCCCAUCCGGGUCACCGCCCUGCCAGGGGCCCGCCCCGGGGGCGUGGCCUAG